GCAGAAGGGAGGAGCACCCCCAAACCCUACUGACAUUUUCACACAACUCAGUAAAAGUUAAGAACUUGUGGAAUCCCUGAGGAGCACAUCCCUCUCACCAUUUUUAGUCAGCUCUCGGUAUAUAUUAAGGGCUCAGUUUAGAGAAAUGAUUAACUGCAGCAGCCGUAGCUGAUGAUAAAUCAGUGCAAAGGUUGUUAGAAGUGGCCCAUUGGCCGUGUGAGGAGCUGGAAGGCAUCAGCAGUAUCAGCAUCAGUAUCAGCAGCAAUAUCAGAAAGGCUACAGAGCUGCUCAGUGCGUAUAACGGGACAGCAGAGCCUCCCCUCCUCUCCCCCCUCCCAGCUCCCUGGCUGAGUCCCGGAUGUUGGAUCCAAUCCUGCUGUUUUAUUCACUUCCAUAAAAGGGCAGCGGCUGUGGAAGCUCUUCGGGACUUUUUCCACCUAUCUUAAUCACGUUCGCUGGACCCAACCAUCGAGCCCUGGAGUUUUUUCCCCCUUUAAUCUGUGAGUCCUGUUUCACCGCCUCCCACACUCCUCCUCCUCAUGCUCAGUUUGCGGAGUUAUGAGUCCUGUCCAGUGAGAGAUAGGAAGCAGCGAGGGGAGUGACUGCUGGGGUUGCUGCUGCCGCCUGCGUGUGUUGCCUGUAUGUGCUGCUGCAGGGGAAACCAGAUUGAGAAGCAGUGACGUGAUCAGAGCUUGGGAAGAGGAGCCCGGGGGACUCCAUUAGCCCAGAGCGCUCGGACUGGGAAGAAAAGAAAAGGACGAUUAGGGCUUCUUGCGCCUUUACUCGUGCCCCUUACAAGUGGAGAGGAAGAGGGGAGGGCAAGGAAAGGAAUCAUGGCUUUGGAUGGUAUACGGAUGCCAGAUGGCUGCUAUGCAGAUGGAACUUGGGAGUUAAAUAUCCAUGUGACGGAUCUGAAUCGGGAUGUUACCCUGAGGGUUACAGGGGAGGUGCACAUUGGAGGGGUGAUGCUGAAACUGGUGGAAAAACUUGAUGUUAAGAAAGAUUGGUCAGAUCAUGUGCUAUGGUGGGAAAAGAAGAAAACCUGGCUCCUCAAAACCCAUUGGACACUGGACAAAUAUGGCAUCCAAGCAGAUGCCAAACUGCAGUUUACACCUCAGCACAAACUGCUACGGCUGCAGCUUCCAAACAUGAAGUACGUUAAAGUAAAAGUCAACUUCUCCGACAAGGUCUUCAAAGCUGUCUCGGACAUCUGCAAAACCUUCAACAUUCGACAUCCAGAGGAACUUUCCCUGCUUAGAAAACCAAGGGAUCCUACUAAGAAAAAAAAGAAGAAAAUUGAUGAUCAGUGUGAAGAUAACAUUCUCGAACUUGAGGGGCCUCUGUUGACUCCAGGUUCUGGAACUGAUGUUCUUUACAUUGGCCCAGUAAAAGGGAGUAUUUAUUCCAGUCCUGGUCUGUACAGUAAAACCAUGACACCAACAUAUGAUUCACGUGAUGGUAGCCCCUUGUCACCAACAUCUGCCUGGUUUGGAGAUAGUGCCCUUUCUGAAGGAAAUCCUGGUAUACUUGCCGUCAGUCAGCCAAUAACUUCACCAGAGAUUUUAGCCAAAAUGUACAAGCCACAAACUCUUCUUGACAAGGCCAAAAUAAACCAAGGGUGGCUGGAUUCCGCUAGAUCUCUCAUGGAGCAAGAUGUGAAAGAAAACGAUGCCUUACUACUUCGAUUCAAGUACUACAGCUUUUUUGAUUUAAAUCCAAAGUAUGAUGCAAUUCGAAUCAACCAGCUUUAUGAACAAGCAAAAUGGGCCAUUCUUCUAGAGGAAAUUGAGUGCACAGAAGAAGAGAUGAUGAUGUUUGCAGCUCUGCAGUACCAUAUCAACAAGUUGUCGGUCAUGUCUUCUGAAAAUCACUACAACAACAGUGACAAAGAAGUGGACGAGGUUGAUGCUGCCCUGUCUGAUCUAGAGAUCACGUUGGAAGGAGGCAAAACAUCAACUAUUCUGGGUGACAUUACUUCUAUUCCUGAACUUACAGACUACUUAAAGGUUUUCAAGCCAAAGAAACUCACCCUUAAAGGCUACAAACAGUAUUGGUGCACAUUCAAAGACACAUCAAUUUCUUGCUACAAGAGUAAAGAAGAAUCAAAUGGAACUCCAGCUCAUCAGAUGAACCUUAGAGGUUGUGAAGUGACACCGGAUGUUAAUAUAUCCGGCCAGAAGUUUAAUAUUAAACUCCUCAUACCAGUUGCUGAGGGUAUGAAUGAAAUCUGGCUGCGCUGUGAAAAUGAAAAGCAGUAUGCACACUGGAUGGCAGCUUGUAGGUUAGCCUCCAAGGGCAAAACCAUGGCAGACAGUUCUUAUAAUCUGGAGGUGCAGAAUAUUCUGUCUUUCUUGAAGAUGCAGCAUCUCAACCCAGAUCCCCAGUUUAUUCCUGAUCAAGUCAACUCUGAUAUAAACCCUGAAUGUGUUGUUUCUCCUCGAUAUCUGAAGAAGUACAAGAACAAGCAGCCAGGCUAUGUAAGAGACUUGAUCACAGCCAGGAUCCUGGAGGCUCAUCAGAACGUAGCACAGAUGAGCCUGAUUGAGGCCAAAAUGAGGUUUAUUCAAGCCUGGCAAUCUCUGCCAGAAUUUGGCAUCACCCACUUUCUUGCCAGGUUCCAAGGAGGCAAAAAAGAGGAGCUGAUUGGAAUUGCAUACAACAGGCUGAUUAGAAUGGAUGCCAGCACUGGAGAUGCAAUCAAGACCUGGCGCUUUAGCAACAUGAAGCAGUGGAACGUCAACUGGGAAAUAAAAAUGGUGACUGUGGAGUUUGCAGAUGAAAUGCGGCUGUCGUUCAUAUGCGCAGAAGUAGAUUGCAAAGUCGUUCAUGAAUUCAUCGGAGGUUACAUUUUCCUGUCGACACGUGCAAAGGACCAGAAUGAAAGUCUAGACGAAGAGAUGUUCUUCAAACUCACCAGUGGCUGGGUGUGAUUGCCCCUCCCCCCCGCGCUCCCCGCUCCAGCUACUAAUUUCAAUUUACCAUGAGCUUUUUAAUUAUUUUUUUUUAUUUUUACAUAUGCUGCUUAAAAGAAGAAUAAACAUAAGCUUGAAAUGUAUCCAUUCUAUGAAACGUUUUGCAUUUAACGAGAUCAGAGUGCACUAAUUUGGACACCUCCAUUAACCUAGUUCUGCCUGUGGUCAGUGGUGGGCAUUGUGGGUAUUUGUUACAGUUGUGCUGGCAGUGAAUACAGCGACGGGAUUUAUCCCACCCAAGCUAUGAAAGGGUGUGAGAAUCCGAAGCCAUUUUAACCACACCAGUACCUAGGCGCUUAAACUAUUCGACAUCUAUUUAUCACGUGUAAUGCAUGUGUGUCUUUCUAUUUGACUUGUAAAGGUGACCGCGUGGUUUUUAAACUCUCCUGCCUUUUAACCCUUUGAAGGGGGCAGAGUGCACACUUGUUUAGCACUCAGGGUUAACCAUUUUCAGCUAGUCAUUUCACCACACCAGAUCAAACUGAACUCUAGGACUAUCCUGAAAAUGAAAAGGGCCUGGGAGGAAAUGUAAUGUUCCAUCUGUAACCUGUUUUCUUCCUUCAUAUAUAUAUAUCUUCUCGUCUUUCAUUCUCUCUACACCAUAUAGUAUUAUGACAACAAGUAGUAUUCACCAGCAUACUCACGUCAGAUAUGCAAUAUGUCAUGACAAUAUGAAGUAAAGGUCUAAUGAAGUAUACAUUUUUGUGUAACUUAUGUACAAACACAAAUUUUAUAAUAAUUGUACAGUUUUAUCUUUUUUUUUUUGGUUUGUUUUUGCAUUAGCCACAUUUGCCUUAGAUCCAGUGUAUCUGCAUUUGAAUGUUAUGCAUUUAUUAAUGUAUGCCUUUAAAACAUAUGCCUUAAUAUUUAGAAUCCAAGUAUUUCACUACAGUAUUUGUCCCUGUUUUUGACUGAAUUAUGAGAUGAACUUUUUCCUUUUUUUAAUAGACAGGUCAGACUGCAGGGGACUAGACGGUGCUCAGUUGUUGAUAGUAGCCGCUGUCUGCAAUACAAAAUGAAGGUGGGCCUAAGUUAAUUUUGAUUCGUCGGCGGUGGUCUGCAACCUGUGACACUCUCUCACUGUUGUUGAACUUCAAUGUCUGACAACAACGGGAGAGCUGCAGGUAGAGAAUCGCUACUACUGGAAUGUUCUGAUCUCCUUUCCACCACAGCAGGAAUGCUCCUUAGUAGCCAAAUCCCCAAUCUGCUACUGGUCAGGCUUUAUACAUGACAAAUAGAACGUUAAUUGGAAUCCACUUAUUUAUUCCUAACCUCAGCUGAACGUGCCUUUCCUGAAUGCCAAAGGAGAAACAGACUGAGCUGUAUGAGUUUGUACAGAAAAUGCAGUUAUACGGCUGCACAGCAGGAGUAAUGCCUGACUAUUAACAGGUCUGGCUUCUAUAUAUUCACACCACAGCCCAUUAGAGAGAUAUAUAGUAAUAUCUUUGGGUGCUGAGUAAUGCAGGUAAUUCGAUAUCAAAGCAUAUAUAAAUUUCACCAUAUCCAAAAGGAAUAUUGAGUCUAAAAUAUAUAUAUAUAUAUAAUUAUACAUACGGUGGUGUGAAUCCCCUAUACCUCUACCAGCACCAAGUUUCAGAAGUGUUAUUAAUGUUAGGGCCUGAAUGCAAGUUGCUACAGCGUGUAUAUGCCGACUAAAGCGCAAACACUAGGAGACCCGACUCCUUACUAUGCACUACAAAUCUUAAUUGGUGGUUGGAAGCCAUAUCCACGUCUGAAACCAAGAACUGAACAAAAUGAUGCCUUUUGUGUUUAGCCACGUAGUAUCUGGUUCUUGGCUUAUCAAAUGCUGAAGUCCCCACUUGUCACGAUAGGGUUAAUAAAAUAAGUUUAUUUUGCCAAUGCAUAAUGUUAUAGCUGCAUGAAACACUUUUACUUGCUGCAACGUUCUGUGUUCAAACAUGUUUAUGAUAUGAAUUAAAACUAUGUAUAAAUGCUUUUUAUUUUAAAUAAAAGAUAACCUUUUA